GCUGCGGCUCGCCGUCUGCGGUCUUCGGGCACUGCCCCCCUCGUUGGAAGAUGGCGGCGCCCACGGUGCAGCUGAGCCACGUGGCCGCGAGCGCGACCCGGGCCCCGCACACGGUGUGCUGGGGCCGAAACGGCCUCGUGAGCUUCGGCUCGGCGAAUUCUGUGGUGCUCUACGUGCCCCAGAAGGAAAAUUCUGCUGGGUUUGUUUACAACACUCUAAAUGAGCACACUCAACGAGUAAACUGUGUACAUUGGAUUCAAAAGAAUGACCUGAGUCCUGAAACAGAGCUCCUUUCGGGAGGGUCUGAUAAUAUCGCUAUCCUUUGGGUGAAGCAGAACUCUCAGUUUGUAUGCUCUGAAAAGUUACAAGGACACAAAGGGGCAGUGACAGCAGUGGACGGCCGUUCCCUGGCCUCCAGGCGAGAUGAGCCUGACGUUGUAAUGCUUGUCACAUCUGCUGCUGAUUCCACCGUGCGGAUUUGGCUUAGGCACGUUACAGAAGAUGAUGAUGUUGCUGCAUCCAAGGUUGAAUGCGUUCAAGAACUUUCAUUUGGAACGGGAUUCGCAAUGGAUAUCUCUCUUGCCGAGUUACCAGGAUCGAAAGAACCCAUACUCGCCUGUGGAGGAGAUGGUUGUAAAUCGCAGCUGUAUACUCAGCAAAAUGGGCAGUUUGUCCAGCAGCAGUUGUUAGUUGGACAUGAGGACUGGAUUCAAGGCCUGGAGUUUGUUCAAGAAGAUGGAGGAGAUCUCUUACUGGCCAGCUGCUCACAAGACUGCAUGAUCCGCCUUUGGAGGGUCUCCCCAAAGUCACCCGGAGAGGAGCUGGCUUUUCCACGACAGGAAGAAGGGGUCCUCAAACUUAAAGAAAAUACCUUCUCUGUCCUGACAAGUGAUCAGACAUUCUUGUACUGUGUCAAGUUGGAAGCAGUGCUGGCUGGACAUGAAAACAGGGUUUAUGGGGUGCACUGGCAGCCUGCAUCGAUUCAAGAUGGCAAGCGCAGUCAGCCAAUGAAUCUGCUCUCGGCGUCAAUGGAUAAGACCAUGAUCAUUUGGAGUCCUGAUGAGGAGACAGGUGUCUGGCUUGAGAAGGUACGUGUGGGGGAGGUGGGAGGGAACACGCUGGGCUUCCUGGGCUGUCAGUUCAGCGCCGAGGGCACUGCCAUUAUCGCUCACGCGUUCCACGGUGCCCUUCAUCUCUGGCACAGUGACUGUCAGCAGAAGGAGGAGUGGAGGCCGGGGGUUGUCAUCUCGGGACACUUUGGGCCAGUCCAGGAUCUGUGCUGGGAGCCUGAAAAAGGAGGAUAUAUUCUGAGUGUGAGUUCUGACCAGACGACUCGACUCUUUGCACCGUGGAAAAGAGACCGCUGUCAGGUGACAUGGCACGAGGUCGCGCGGCCACAAAUCCACGGCUACGACAUGCAAUGCCUGGCGCCGCUCGGUAAGCACCGCUUUAUAUCGGGUGCUGACGAGAAGGUCCUGCGAGUGUUUUCCGCCCCUCGAAGUUUCCUGCACAACCUGGCAAGCAUUGGUGGCCACCAAGCACAAGAGAUUCCCACUGCCGCCGGGGUGAGCAGUGAUUUGCCAGAGGGAGCAAGUGUUCCUGCACUUGGUCUGUCGAAUAAGGCUGUAUAUAAAGCAGACAUUGUGACCUGCCGAGGUGGGCCGAAUGACGAUCGGGAGAUAGAGGUGUCAGCCAAUGAGCAAUAUCAAGAGAUGUAUUUCCAAGCCGUUGCUUUACAAGAACCCCCAAUGGAGGACCAUCUACUGCAGAACACCCUGUGGCCGGAAGUGCAAAAGCUGUAUGGUCAUGGCUAUGAAGUAUUCAGUGUUGCAGCUCAUCCAGCAGGGAGUUUGGUAGCAUCAUCCUGUAAGGCAUCCAAGCCGGAGCACGCAACAAUUCUUCUGUGGGAUGCCGAGACAUGGUGUGUUGUGGGCAUCUUAUCAUACCAUGGCCUCACAGUCACUCAGCUGGCAUUUUCACCUGAUGGAUCCUGCCUCUUGGCCGUUUCCAGAGAUCGGACGUGGUCUCUUUGGCGCCAUCGGGACGCGUCACAGCCACAGACAGAUGACGCCUCUUUAUACAGGUUGCUCGCAAGCACUGAUAAGAAGACGGCCGUGCACACGCGCGUCAUCUGGGCCUGCGACUGGUCUCACGACGGCAAAUAUUUUACGACGACCAGCAGAGACAAGAAGGUGGUGGUGUGGGGCAAGCAGGAGAAUGCGUUUCCAACAGGUGCCAUGGGCCCCAUCUGCCAGUGCUCCUCUGCCCUGGACGCCACAGACUCUGCGACAGCUGUAGCAUUUGCCCCUCGCGAGGCAUGUGAUGGCAGGUACUUGAUGGCGGUGGGGUUGGAAAGUGGGAAGAUUUCCCUGUACUUGUGGAACGCCAGUGCUGAUUCGGCCCUUCUUCGUGACUGGACACCGUGGGCCUCUUUCAGCAAAAACAUGUCGCACACGCUGACUGUGAAGCGGCUGCGUUGGCGGCCUCGGGUGGGGCGCGCGGGAUGCGACACGGACGAUGUUGAGGACGAGGCCUGGCUACAGCUGGCCAGCGCCGGAGCUGACAGCGCUGUCAGGAUAUUUGACGUUUACAUACCCGGACAUUACAUUUGAAAAUUGUAAGGUUGUGUUACAGUUUAUCGAUAGGUAAGUUGCAUGUGGUGGGGUGAAAUGCAGGCAACUCCCACCUCUUAGAAGAUUUCUGGCCAGUGUGGUAGAGUAGGCUAAAAUAUGUAUUAAUCUGCCUCCAUUCCAGGGGAAGCCAUGUAAUCUGGUCUAGUUUUGUCUUGAAACUCUAACAUGAUUUUUUUUUAAUUGGAGAAACAAUCAAGAGAUAAUAUCUUGAUUUGAAUCUUUUGUGACUGCAGGAAUUCAUACUUUUUGGUUCUUUCGGUAAGUCACGUAGAUAGAAAAAUAACUAAUAGAUCACGACGUUUCGAUCGCAACACAAGCAAUCGUCUUCAGGUGAAAAAAUUCAGCAGGUGAACUGCUUGAGGCAGAAAGAAAUGUAGCGAGAGAGCUGCUGUAGCCAAAGGUUAUAUGCGUUUUAGGUGAGUA